AUGGGGAAGAUUGCAUUCUUUGAGGAUAAGAACUUCGAAGGCCGACACCAUGAGUGCAGCAACGACUGUCCCGACCUGCGCUCCUACUUCGGCCGUUGCAACUCCAUCAAGGUGGAGAGUGGCUGCUGGGUGCUGUACGAGCGUCCCAACUACACUGGACACCAGUACAUCCUGAGCUCCGGGGAAUACCCCGAUCCCCAACAGUGGAUGGGAUUCAAUGAUAGCAUCAAGUCAUGUCGCUCUAUCAAAAAUGUUUAUGGAAAGUCCUGGAAGAUCCGGUUCUACGAGAAGAAGGAUUUCGAAGGCCAGGCGGCAGAGUGCACCGAGGAUUGCGCAUCCGUUUACGAGGCCUUCAAGUUCCAGGAAGUCCACUCCUCUGUGGUCAUGGACGGCGCGUGGGUCCUCUACGAGCAGCCCAACUACCACGGACACCAGUACUUCCUGGAACGUGGCGAGUACCACAACUUCACAGACUGGGGCGCCACCUCCCCUGCUGUGGGAUCCUUCCGCAUGAUCACAGAGUUCUAG